AUGGUGGAGCCAGGACAAGAUCUGUUGCUUGCUGCUUUGAGUGAGAGUGGAAUCAGUCCAAAUGAUCUAUUUGAUAUUGACUCUCCGGACGUGGUUCUUGCAAAUCCAGCACCAACUCCAGCUGUUCAGCGGUCAGUGCCGCUUAGUGCGUUAGAACUAGGCUUGGAGACUGAGGCCACAGCUGCUGUGAAACAAGAACCAGAGACUGUAUCAACUCCAGCCUUAUUAAAUGUUCGGCAACCACCAUCCACCACCACCUUUGUGCUGAAUCAAAUCAAUCAGCUUCCAACUUUGGGGACUACAAUAGUGAUGACAAAAACGACACCUGUUACAACCACGAGGCAGACUAUCACUGUAGCCAAGAUCAUUCAGACCAGCACAACUACUCGACCCUCGGUUGCAGCACCAGCAGUUCGCAAUGCCUUGACCACUGCACCUCCGAAGGACCAGAUUCAGCUGAAAGAUCUGCUGAAGAACAAUAGUCUUAAUGAACUCAUGAAAUUGAAGCCACCUCCUAAUAUUGCCCAGCCAGUAGCAACAGCAGCAACCGACCUGAGUAAUGGUGCAGUGAAGAAGGAGGCUUCCACAAAAGAGGUAGCAAGAAUAUGGAUAAAUGAUAUGAAAAUGAGAAGCUUUUCACCUACCAUGAAAGUGCCAGCGGUAAAAGAGGAGGAGGAACCGGAGGAAGAAGAUGAAGAAGAAAUGGGCCAUGCGGAAACCUACGCUGAGUAUAUGCCAAUAAAAUUGAAAAUUGGUCUACGUCAUCCUGACCCAGUUGUGGAAACCAGCUCGUUAUCCAGCGUGACCCCUCCUGAUGUGUGGUACCAGACAUCAAUAUCGGAAGAAACGAUUGACAGCGGCUGGCUGUCGGCUUUGCAGCUUGAAGCGAUCACUUACGCAGCCCAGCAACAUGAAACAUUCCUGCCCAAUGGAGACAGAGCUGGAUUCUUGAUAGGUGAUGGUGCUGGUGUAGGAAAAGGAAGGACCAUAGCUGGGAUAAUCUAUGAAAACUACUUGCUGGGCAGGAAGAGAGCUGUCUGGUUUAGCGUGUCCAAUGAUCUGAAAUACGAUGCUGAAAGAGAUUUGAGAGAUAUUGGAGCAAAAAACAUUUUGGUUCAUUCAUUAAACAAGUUCAAGUAUGGGAAAAUUUCUUCCAAACAUAAUGGAAGCGUGAAGAAAGGCGUAAUCUUCGCUACCUAUUCUUCUCUCAUUGGUGAAAGUCAGUCGGGGGGGAAAUACAAAACCAGAUUAAAGCAGCUUCUUCACUGGUGUGGUGAAGACUUUGAUGGCGUUAUCGUAUUUGAUGAGUGUCAUAAAGCAAAGAAUCUGUGUCCUGUUGGUUCCUCAAAACCAACAAAGACGGGUCUGGCUGUAUUGGAACUUCAGAACAAACUUCCAAAAGCCAGGGUGGUUUAUGCCAGCGCCACAGGUGCAUCUGAACCAAGAAACAUGGCCUAUAUGAACCGCCUGGGAAUAUGGGGGGAAGGAACCCCAUUUAGGGAAUUCAGUGAUUUUAUUCAGGCUGUUGAAAGAAGAGGUGUUGGUGCCAUGGAAAUAGUUGCUAUGGAUAUGAAGCUGAGAGGAAUGUACAUAGCAAGACAGUUGAGUUUUUCAGGUGUAACUUUCAAAAUUGAUGAAGUUCUGCUUUCACAGGAGUAUGUGAAAAUGUACAACAAAUCUGUGAAACUGUGGCUCUCUCCUCCAGAGCGGUUCCAGCAAGCAGCCGAUCUUAUUGAUGCAGAACAACGGAUGAAAAAAUCCAUGUGGGGUCAGUUUUGGUCAGCUCAUCAGAGGUUUUUCAAGUACCUUUGCAUAGCAUCUAAAGUGAAGAGGGUGGUGCAGCUAGCUCGGGAAGAAAUCAAGAACGGGAAGUGUGUUGUUAUUGGCCUGCAGUCCACAGGAGAAGCGAGGACGUUAGAAGCUUUGGAGGAAGGUGGUGGUGAACUGAACGACUUUGUUUCUACAGCAAAAGGAGUAUUCCAGUCCCUUAUUGAAAAGCACUUUCCAGCUCCUGACAGGAAGAAGCUGUUCAGCUUGUUGGGCAUUGACUUGACUGCUCCAAGUAAUAACAACUCGCCCAGAGACAGCCCUUGCAAGGAGAACAAGAUAAAGAAACGGAAAGGGGAAGAAAUAAGCAGAGAAGCCAAAAAAGCCCGCAAAACAGGUGGCCUUGCAGGUAGCAGCUCUGAUGAGAGUGAAAGUGAGUCUGAUGCUUCAGACAAUGAAGAAAGUGACAAUGAGAGCUCCAAAUUUUUGAGUUCUGGAGAUGAUGACGACUUCAACCCAUUCAGAGAUGAAUCCAGUGAAGAUGAUGAAGAUGAUCCCUGGUUAAUUAGAAAAGAGCAUAAAAAAACUAAAGAGAAGAAAAAGAAGAAAAGCAUAGACCCCGACUCAAUUCAAAGUGCCUUACUAGCUUCUGGUCUCGGAUCAAAACGACCUAGCUGUUUCACUUCCACUGUUGGUACCACCACUUCCAGUACCAACACGUCAGGUAAGACAAACAGUAACACCAACAGUAGCUUUGUAACCAGUCAGGAUGCUGUUGAAAGGGCCCAACAAAUGAAGAAAGAGCUGCUUGAUAAACUGGAGAAGCUGGCUGAAGAUCUCCCACCUAACACACUGGAUGAGCUUAUAGAUGAACUGGGUGGUCCGGAAAACGUUGCGGAGAUGACAGGCCGCAAAGGGAGGGUCGUAAGCAACGAUGACGGCAGCAUAUCUUACGAGUCCAGGUCCGAGCUUGAUGUGCCCGUUGAAAUUCUGAACAUCACGGAAAAGCAGCGGUUCAUGGAUGGAGAUAAGAACAUUGCCAUCAUCUCGGAGGCUGCCAGCUCUGGUAUAUCGCUGCAAGCAGACCGCAGAGCUAAGAAUCAGAGACGGAGGGUUCACAUGACUCUGGAGCUGCCGUGGAGCGCGGAUAGAGCAAUACAGCAGUUCGGAAGAACUCAUAGAUCCAACCAGGUGACUGCUCCAGAGUAUGUGUUCCUAAUCUCUGAACUGGCGGGCGAGCAGCGAUUUGCAUCCAUAGUUGCCAAAAGACUGGAGAGCUUGGGAGCCCUCACCCAUGGUGACAGGCGGGCUACGGAAACUCGAGACCUCAGCAGAUUCAAUUUUGACAACAAGUACGGCAGAAAUGCGCUGGAGAUCGUUAUGAAAUCCAUUGUGAACUUGGACUCCCCGAUGGUCUCGCCGCCUCCUGAUUUUCCUGGGGACUUCUUCAAAGACGUUCGUCAGGGAUUGAUCGGUGUAGGCUUGAUAAACGUAGAAGACAGAUCUGGAAUCCUAACGCUGGAUAAAGAUUAUAACAACAUAGGGAAGUUCCUGAAUAGAAUUCUUGGGAUGGAGGUACAUCAGCAGAAUGCUUUAUUCCAGUACUUCUCCGACACGCUAAAUGCAGUUAUUCAAAAUGCGAAAAAGAACGGGAGAUACGAUAUGGGCAUCUUGGAUUUGGGCUCUGGGGACGAGAAAGUAAGGAAGGCAGAUGUUAAGAAGUUCUUAACUCCCGGAUACUCUACCUCUGGACAUGUAGAACUGUACACAAUCAGCGUGGAGAGGGGGAUGUCUUGGGACGAGGCGACUAAGAUCUGGGCAGAACAGACGGGCCCAGAUGAUGGAUUUUAUUUAUCACUACAGAUAAGAAAUAACAAGAAAACCGCUAUUCUAGUAAAAGAAGUGAAUCCUAAAAAGAAGCUUUUUUUAGUAUACAGACCAAAUACUGGGAAACAACUCAAACUAGAAACGUGUGCCGACCUGAAGAAGAAAUAUAAGAAGGUACCUUCUGAGGAUGCUCUGCCACACUGGUUAGAGCAGUACAAUUCUUCUGCGGACACCUGCACCCACGCUUACUGGAGAGGCAAUUGUAAGAAGGCCGGCUUGGGAUUAGUUUGUGAGGUGGGACUCCGCUGUCGAACUUACUAUGUCUUGUGUGGGUCAGUGCUGAGCGUCUGGACAAAAGUAGAGGGCGUUCUAGCCUCUGUGAGCGGUACAAACGUGAAAAUGCAGAUAGUUCGUCUAAGAACAGAAGAUGGGCAGAGGAUUGUAGGUUUGAUCAUUCCCGCAAAUUGCGUGUCGCCCCUCGUCAACCUCCUGUCGACGUCAGACCAGUCUCAGCAGCUGGCAGUGCAGCAGCAGCAGAUAUGGCAGCAGCACCACCCGCAAAGCAUCACCAACUUCAACAACGCGUGAGAGGACAGACUACGGGCGUUGACAUUGGUGUUUGAGGAAAAGGCUGUAAAAGCAUAUCACUCGCAUCAAAAUCAGGGACAGAUUCCAAAGAAAUAUAACCUUUUCAGUUCAGUUGUGUGCUCUCAAAUACUUUGGGAAUAAAGAGCUCUAAACAGGUUAGUAGAACUGAAAGCCAGCAGUUGUUGAUGGUGGUGCAUCUGUCUUUCCUUAUGCUCUCGGUAGUGCUUCCUGUUUGCUUUUACUUUUUGGCCUUUUAAGCUACAAACCACAAUUUGUUUGGAAAUGCUUGAAAAUCCCCAAGCAGGCUUUAUUUUUAUCUUGUCAUACAGUGCUCAGGGUUUAACGCAGUGCAUCGACGCCAUUGCUGUGGGAGAUAGCCUUGAAUGCAUGUACUGAGUAUAUAUAUAGAAACUAUAUAUUGGGGUUCCUCCUUCGAUUUCUGAGUUCAUACACGCAUGAAACCUCGAGGUUGCACAUCAUGCAUUCAGGUUCCUUCCCAGUUUCUGUUGGACAGUGCAUGUCUCUGGAAACGGGCAUGGACAGGAUAAACGCGCGACAGGAAUUCGGAGAGAAACACAAUCUUAGUUGUACAGCAUUGGUUAUUGCAUUUUUAUAGUGUUUAUACCCAGGUGUUGCAUUUUUUCUGGUUCUCUCCUGGGGGUUAUAUAUUUGAGUCUACAACAUGUUCUUUUUGUGAUAAACAUCUUAAAUUAAAAUUAGUUCCUUUUUAAUGUAUUAAUGGUAUUCCUAAUGUGUACUGCAAAGAUGGCUGGAUGCCUGUUUUCCUUCAAUUGAAGCAUUUCCUUAAUCCGAGAUGGUUACGGAAACUUAAGUGCAAAUUCACUUCCAUCUCGCAUACAAUCUUCUAUUUUUUACUUCAUUAAUGUAAUUUAAUUUGUCACUUGUAAGAUGAAACCUUACUUGAGCUGUAAAUUAGAGUGGGAAACACUUGAGGGUUCCGCUGUAUGUGCUGUUUCUGUUACCCAGUAACUUGAAUACUGUUUAAUAUGUUGUAAGACAUUGUAGAGUUUAUCUGGAGCUGUUUAAAAGAAAUUGUAAUGUACAAAUGUGAAUAGUCACUUAUCUAUAAUAUGGGUAAGUUUUGUUUUGCCUAUAAUAGUAGAUGUUUAUAAGAAAGUGAAGGACAAUGUUUGUCAUUUCUUGCUUGCACAGGUUGCACUAUUGAAAAAUUGAGAUUGUAUAAACCUGUCCAAAAAAGCUACAAGAUAAUGAUCUUGUAGAUGUCAAAUAAAAGUUAUUGUACUAACAAGAA